GCAUCUUUUAAGUGUUUACCAAUAAAAUGUUUCAUAUAGAUGGUCAUGGAAAGAAAUUGUGGUGCUGGCACUGAUGGAAAUAAGUUGCGUGCUUUGAGGCAUUUGCUCAUCCAAUUGCUGCUUCAAGUGCUUCUUCGACCUGGGGAAUUCUCCAAUGCAACCUCUGAACUUGUAAUAUGCUGUAAGAAAGCUUUUACAUCUUCUGAUAUUCUCAACUCAUCUGGAGAGGAUGAGUUGGAUGGUGAUGCAUUGCCAGAAUUAAUGGAUGUCCUUGUGGAUACGUUGCUUUCCUUGCUGCCACAGUCAUCAACCCCCAUGCGGUCUGCGAUUGAGCAGGUUUUUAAAUAUUUCUGUAGUGAUGUCACAAAUGAUGGACUGCUGCGUAUGUUGCGGAUAAUUAGGAAAGAUCUAAAACCUUCUAGACAUCGCGAUGAAGACAAUGAGGACAACGAUGUUGAGGAUGAUGAUGAUCUUCUUGGUAUUGAAGAGGAUGAGGAUGUAGAUGAAGCUGAGACUGGGGAAACAGCUGACAGUGAUGAGCAGACAGAUGACUCUGAGGCAGUUGUUGGAGCUGAGGAGGCUAGUAAAGAGCCUGAUGCAGAUGAAGAUGAAGAUUCUGAAGACUCUGAUGGUGGAAUGGAUGAUGAAGCAAUGUUUCGCAUGGACACCUAUCUUGCCCAAAUCUUUAAGGAGAAGAAAAAUCAAGCUGGCAGUGAAACUGCUCAAUCCCAACUUAUUAUAUUUAAGCUCCGCAUUCUUUCAUUGCUGGAAAUUUACUUGCAUGAAAAUCGAGGCAAGUCCCAAGUCCUUACAGUAUACUCAAACUUGGCACGGGCCUUUGUCAACCCAAAUAGUACAGAAGGCAGUGAACAACUUGGACAGCGGAUAUGGGGAAUUCUUCAAAAGAAGAUAUUCAAAGAGAAGAAGCUUCUGAGUGUUGAAGCUGAGCAACUAUCUACCCUUGAAUCUUUGUUGGAGAAAAAUUUGAAGUUGGCAUCAAAACCAUUUAAGAGAAAAAAAUCUGCUAGCACCCUAUCAAAGAAGAAGCUGGCAGCACUUUUGAACCGGCAGAAAAUGAUUGUUUCCCUUGCCCAGACUUCAACCUACUGGAUACUGAAAAUCAUUGAUUCAGGAAAUUUUUCAGAUGCUGAAAUGCAAAGAGUUUUUGAUAUAUUGCAGGCUGCGAUUGUGGGGUAUUUUGACAGUAAAAAGUCUCAAAUAAAAUCAGGAUUUUUAAAAGAAAUAUUUAGAAGAAAUCCAAGGAUGGGGCAUCAUUUAUGUGGCUUUAUUUUAGAGAAAUGUGGCAGUGCUAAAUCAGACUUCCGGCAGGUUGAUGCUCUUGACAUGAUGAUUGAACUAUUGAGGUCAGUGGUUCCUUUAAGUUCUAAAGAUAAUAGCAGCCGGGAUGCGUCAAAGAAAAUCAUGAAAAGCCAUCUGCAGUCUCUAAGCAAUCUAAUAGAGGCACUGGUGACUAGGAUGCCAACAAAGCAGGCAAGAAGAGCUGAAGUGCGUAAAUUUUGUGGUAAGGUGUUUGAGAUUAUAUCAGCACUUGACCUGACCAAGUCUUUUCUUAAACGUUUGGGAACAGAUGCUCAUACUGCAUGUGAAUCUCAACUUGGUGAAGUUUUUCUCAAGUUAAAGAUGUUGGAAUGAGAGACAACCAUAAUAUAACAUAUAUUUGGAAAACUUCUUACAAGUGAAUCCAGGAGACUACUCUGGCCAUCUAUGGUGCUUACACCUGCGUUCUGUUGUUCGAGGAAGUCUUAACAGUUUCAUGGUGUGAGUAAACAUGAGACAGCAUGAUAUCUUCUGAUUCUCCAGUGAGAUUCUUAAAAGUUCUUUCAGCUAUUUGCUUGAAGUUCCUCUGCUUUAUUACAAGCGUUCAUAGAGAAGAUAAAUUCUUGAAGCUUAGGCCCUACUUGCAUACGGUCUUCACAUCUAUGUCAGUAAACAGAAACCGCCGACGUUAUUUAUCUGUCAAACUGUUAGUAGGUUUCUUUACUAUGUUCACUUAAGUGGUGAUCAAUGUUGUUUUUUUGGGAUCUUUCGUUAUGCUUUUAUAGGUUAAGGACCGGACUUGAAUCCAUAACGUUCUGAUAUUACAUUUUUUGGAUUUUGGAAUGUCGAUCAUUAAAGGUUUUCCCAUUUCUUUGGAGGGCUUAAGUUUUAUUUCA